CACUUUCGAUUUCUGGAUCUGUGCGGCUUGUUGCCUUUGAGCUGGCGGGGAAGCAGAGCCACCUUCUCUAUAGCUCGACCCCCAAACAGGAGCCCCAGGCCUGGAUACGACCGUCUUUCACGGGGAGUGAGGGUGCAGUCCCAACCGGUCCAUCCCUUCAGUGGAUAUCCCCUCUGAAGAACCAGAGAACCAGAGCUGGUCGUCUGAAAUCACCAGGGUAUAAUGGAGACCAGCAGGUGCUCAAAGGCCUUUCUCUUCAAAUUCCUUAUCUCCUUCCUCCUCCUUGACAUGCCUACUCAAGUUUCAGGAGCUUUCUUAGUGUUUGGACCUACAGCACCUCUCCAGGCUCCGAUAGGAGGAGAGGCAAUGUUAUCAUGUUACCUGUCCCCCGCUCAAAGUGCCCAGCAUAUGGAAAUGGUCUGGUCCAAAUCCCAGGAUAUAGUGCAUCACUAUCUAAAUGAAAAUGAUGAUUUCACAGACCAGUCACCUAAUUACCAAGGGAGAACUAAGCUGAUGAAAAAUGCCAUCACUGCCGGGAAUGUUACAUUGAGAAUAGAGGAUGUGAAACCUUCAGAUGCGGGACAGUAUAAGUGUUAUUUGAAUGAUUAUAGUCAUUCAGCAGAAGCAUUCAUGGAGCUGGAGGUCAUAGAGCCACCAACCCUGUUUCAGACCUAUCCUAUCUGGUGGAGUGUGAUUGGCAUCCUGGCAUUGGUACAGCUCAGCAUCCUCAUUUACUACAGCUGGAAAACCUACCAGUACAGAGGGAAUUUCCUAGUCCAAUGGUCUCAUAAAAUGGGAGUGGUGACCCUGGCAGUUUUUUGGUGUUUACUGAUGGGCUUCCUCAUUUACUACAUUGUGAAUAUGUCUGGUUGUAGAGGCAUAGAAGACCUGGAAGAGUGGGUAUACAAGGACCAGGUGUAUUUGGCGCUCUUGACAUUCCUUCCUCUACUGCCAACGUUCCUGUUUGUUUCUGUUGAUUUCUAUGGCAAGCGCAAGGCAAAAGAGAAAAACGAUCAAAACCAAUCUGGAAACAACCCGGCAGAAGGUAUACCACUGCAGGAAUCUCAAGAAAGAAACAAUUAAUAAGGAGCAACAACCAUACACUAUGUGACUUGGCCCUAAUAUCAUCGCAAAGGAGAGGAUUUAAUCUUGUCUCCAUCAUCCCAUCAUACACUCCCCUCACUCUCAUCCUUCCUUCACAUUCACAUGCCUUAUUAAACAGAGGUUGGAUAUUGGGGAUAUUGUAAAGGGGCUUCAUGUAAUUGGGGAAUUCCCUUGUUAUCUUUUUCUCUUGAAAUUACUAUGAGUGUGUAUGGGUAUGUCUAUUUUCAUCUGUAGACUUAAGGUAACUCUUUUUUUAUAUGUAGGCCCCCCCCCCCCAGAAGUGUUUCUACAGAUUUAAGAUAUUUGUGGGUCUGCAUAAAGGUAAAACCAAAGACUCAAGUCCUUACUCAUGUGUUUAUUUUAAUUAGUCAGAGUACAUAAUUCAAGGCAAAGGCAUUUGGUUAAAGAGUAUGUAUGCCUAAUUUCUGCCAGACUGUUUUCCAAUUUUUCCAACAAUUUUUCUUUUUACCAAAUAAUGAAUUUUUCUCCCUAAAACUUAAAAUUUUAUUCUGUUCUAUUGAUCUUCCUUUGUAUUUCUUAACCCCAGUAACAGAUAGUUUGGAUAAUUACUACCUAAUAGUAAAUUUAAGAUCUGGUAAUGUUAAGCAAACUUAAUAUUUUUUAUUAGUUCUUCUAAUGUACUUGAACUUUUGUUUUUUAAAAUGAAUUUUGUUACUAUUUGUUACUUAUUCAUUAAAAUAAAAUUUUGGUAUUU